CGGGGUUUUCCCAAGCGGAUAGGCAACGUACCGAGGCCCCCAUUUGGAGGGAGCUUCGUACUCCAAUCCCCAGUGAGUGAAUAGUCAAGAGUGUUGCUGGUUGUGUCUUAAGAGAGACAUUCUGUGGCAGGUGUUGUCCUUGGACGUGACAAGUGUGGAACCAAGGUACCAAGGAUAAACAACGCACAGCGCAGCCAGCUUCAGCGAUGGUGUUUGUCAGUUCGGCGGUUCUUGGGGCGGCCGCCGGUACCGGUCUCGCCCUACUGGUGGCCGUCACGAUUGUGAUGUACCGGUACUACGUGGUGCGCCGGAAGGGCAAGGAGUGGGCCGAGCUGGACCGGCUGGAGGAGAAAAAAGCUGCCCGGAAGAUCAACCUGCAGGAGUGUAGCGUGACGAGUGGUUCUGUGCCGGUACAGCCGGCCAGCAGCGUCGUCCAUCACUCGAUUAGUUCGGAAACGCUCGCGACGGGACCGGUCGAGCUGGCACCCAGCCCACUGCAACCGCCACCGGUGGCGACCGGUGCGAUGAAGAAAUCCUACGGCACCGCAACCGGUGGCCCUUCCCGGACCGCUUCCGUCCCGACUUCGGCCGGUUCGCGCAACAACAGCAUGGAAAGCGUUCACUCGAGAAGCUCGAGCUACCGGGAGACGGUGCCCAAGUUUAUGACUCACGCAAACAGUGACACCCGGUCGACGACGUCGGAUAAUAUUAUCCUGCGGAAGUCCCGCUCCCCCAGCCCGAUGCGUACGUUCAGCCUCGAAGGACGUUUACCACUGAUCGGUUCCGGUUCCGGUUCGGGAAUCUCGCCACUCGCACGCGACGGAACAAACGAACGUUCUGGCAGCAAGGCCAGUCUCGCCUCGGUCAUCAGUGUGAACCCACGGGACAUUAGCUCACCGAAGAAACGCAACAGUACCUUCUCCGGUGUUGUCUCGCUGUCUGGCGAGUCGUACGUUCCCGACUCACCGAUCGGUUCGAUCCGCUCGGGCAGCGACAGUAGUGCCGGUGGCCGAUCACCGAGAAGACGCGUACCGGUCAUCCUGGCAGCCAACGAUAUCCACUCGGUGGUUGGCCGGUUCCAUCUGCGGUUGAAGUAUGACGGCAGCAAGGAGGAGCUACUGGUGCAUCUGAUUGAAGGACAAGAUCUAACACCGGCCACCGAUGCCGGCUUCCGAGAUCCGUACGUCAAGAUGUAUCUGGAACCGGACGAAGAGCAGCGCACCCAGCAGACGGCCGUACACCGCACCGAAACGCACCCAUACUUUGACCAGCAGCUGUCGUUCCCGCUCAAACCGCGCAACCUGGUGAAGAGCAGCUUCGUGCUCCAGCUGCUUGAUUAUGAUCGAUUUUCACACGAUGAGGUCGUCGGUGAGAUACGGUUCCUGCUGAAUACGCUCGACCUGUCCGGUUGCGAGCUGUGGGGCGAUCUGAUAGCUGUUCGGCGACCGAAGGAAGCGGCAGCCGAGCUGCUGAUAUCGCUCAGCUAUCUACCGCAGGCGGAACGGUUGACGGUCGUCGUGAUGAAGGCGAAAAAUUUAUCAAUUUCUCACGAACCUUUCGUGAAGCUCUACCUGCUGAUGAACGAUAAGCGGGCGAAGAAGCGCAAAACCAGCGCCAUCCGGGCACACGAUCCGACGAACCCGAUCUGGAAUGAGGCCUUCACGUUCGAGUUGCCCGCCUCGCAGCUUCAGGAUGCCGGUGUCGAGUUGUUCGUGACGUCGAACGAGGGUGAAGGGCAGGAUCUCGGUUGUGGCGUUGGGUUGCGCGAGGGUGGCACCGGUACCCAGCACUGGCAGGAUCUGAUGCAGAACAACCGCAAACCGAUCGCCAUGUGGCAUCUGCUGCGAUAAAGCAGACAGGCAGACAGGUGAGGUGAAAACCGAAAGCCUAUAACGCACUUCCAUCGAUAGGAUACAACAACUGCUGGCACCGUUUCGGUGUCAGUGUCCUUGCGCAGAACCCAACGAGUUUCAGAAAGUUCAAAACCAUAUACCAACAACGCAGUGCGUGACGUGACGGUAACGCAUACGGCUCAAAGAGAGGGGGUGGGAAAGGAUAUUUUGUAUGCAUGUUAUUCGAUGUUUUGUCUAAUGGGAAUUUAUUAGCAUAAAGAAGAGAUUGUGUUGUGUUUCAGACACAAGGGAUGGUUUCAGCAGAAUGUUUCUGUUGGAAAUAUGUCUCCGUACAAAGGGCAGGUGGUUGGAUCGAUAGAUUCACGCAGAUGAUGUUGAAUGGUUUACAAUUACCAAAGAUAAAAAAACGAAGCUACUUUAUUACCAAAAGAAAAGUAUUAACGUGUAGACUGACUUGUAUAAGGAUUUGACUGUGUACUUGGAAUAACCCGAAACGAAAUCCUAUAAAUCGCUGCAACAGUGAAACUAAACUUAAAAUAAGCACUCAUAGUCCUGAAAGGGUAAAUCAUUCAAUAGAACCAACAUCCGACAUCCAUAUGCUCACACGCUCGCACGCGAACAGAUAGACUUUACAACACAAAUGUCGCUUUAAUUGUAGAGGAAAGCGGAAGCAAGAAGCAAACUUUAAUCCAGGAGCUUACAUAACACACACACAGACACACAAACACACAAACAUGCACACAUGGAAACAGCCACAUACCGAAAAAUAAAUCGAAAACAACAUGAGCAUGAUAAAAAAACCCGCCCCAAAGACAGAAAAUUCGGCUGCAAAAAGUAGAUUUUAAAAUCAGAAAACGCUUGAAGUAUAAUAAUGAUGAUAAAUGUUUUAUAAAAAUCCACGGUACGCGGCCGAGCAAAAGACGCCAGCUCUCAUUGAAGGUCCCCAAGGUUCCGGGAAUUCAUGCUCUAUUCUACCGUAGCCAUUAUUCUUAUACAUGCAACCCACUGAAAUAUACAAGUGUAGUACUAUAUUUAUAAAUAAACAUAUACAUACACAUAUAUACUUAUAUACAUAUAUUGGUACAUAUAUACAGAUAAUCCGCAGGCAAAACACAGGCUCAGCAACCGUGAAAUCUAACUGGAUGGUGCAGCUGCAAAGAUGCCGCCAUUAUUUUAUGUACAUUAGCAAAACACUACAACAGCACCACAUUCUAAAGACAAAAGAUAAACAUAAUGAAUGGUUCCCUUCUGCAAACAAAACAAACAAAACAAAACAACCACGGCUCUAGCCCUCUAGGCGAAUGCAUCUGCUAAUGCUGCUGCUCCCGCACUGCGUAGAGGCUAAGAGGAUAAAGUGAACCCCCCUUUUUCGGCCUAGAGUUACUAGCACCCACCGCACUAUAGGAGAGUAAUGACACUAUCGACUUGACUGGUACCCACCUUAGAACAAAACGUUGGCAUCAUCUGUUUCAUCUCUUAUCAUUUUCCACCAUUUACGUUGGUAAAUGGAAUGAAGCUCAUGAAACCAUAGAUCAACUGGAUUAUAAUCACAAUCACGCCCCGUACCGUAACUCACCAACGGCUUAGCCAUUUUACAGCUCUGUACAUGUUUCACUUUAAAGCGCUGUCUCAAUGUACUGUUAAAGUGACUAUAUGAACAACAUAAUUUCCUCACAAACUGCCAGUCGAUGUGCAGCGCGGCUUUGCAUGAUAAGUUUUGCACGGAAGGUGGCACGGAAAGGUGCUGUAGUAGGUGUAGGCGCUUGGUAGCACAGAGGCAGGGCAGGACAGGGCAGGGAAAAGCUGGAAAUGUAAUAUCGGAUUUUCAAUAAAAAGCUAUGA